UUUCUUGAUUUCUAUAAGGCAUUCGAUACUGUAGAACAUAAAUUCAUUUUACAUGCAUUGAAGUUUUUUGGUUUUGGUCAUAAAUUUGUUAAAUUAAUAGAGAUGUUGUACAAAGACAUAAAUAGUUCAGUAUCGUUACCAUUUGGGACUUCUAAGAGGUUUAACAUUAAUAGAGGUAUUAGACAAGGGGAUCCGUCAAGUCCGUAUUUAUUUAUUUUAAUAGCUGAACUGUUAGCAAUUUAUGUGAAAAAUAGUAAAGAUAUCAAGCCUUUGAAUGUUUUAGGGAGUCAGUUAUUGAUAAGUCAACUAGCAGAUGAUACCACCCUGUUUCUUAGAGAUGUAGAGCAGAUUCCAGUUGCCAUUAAUCUGGUGUCUCAUUUUUCAAAAGCUUCUGGUCUGCAAUUGAAUUUUAAAAAGUGUGAGCUGAUGGCACUUCAUAGUCAUGCUGAAUCUCAAUUGUUCAAUAUUCCAUUAAAAAAUGAGAUAAAAUAUUUAGGAAUUGUUAUUACUAAAGACCCUAAAAUUAGAGAAAAAAGUAACUUGAUUGAUAAUAUGAAAAAAAGUCAAAAUAUUUUAAAUAUGUGGGUUCAAAGGGAUAUUUCUAUAUUUGGCAGAAUUCUCAUACAGAAGUCAGAAGCACUUUCCAGGUUGAUUUACCCAGCAUUUUCUUUGAGUAUAUCUGAUAGGUGGAUAAAAGACAUUAAUCAAAUUCAGUAUAAAUUUAUUUGGAAAAACAAGCACCAUUAUAUAAGAAAAUCAGAUGUAGUGAAGCCGAUCAGUGAGGGAGGGUUGAACGUAAUUGAUUUCGAUGUUAUGAAUGGUACCCUUAAGUUGAGGUGGCUCCAAGACUUCCUUAGAAAUACACAUUCAGUUUGGUUUAGCUUUUCUUCUAAAAUUUUUGAUUCUCUUGGGGGCAUUGAUUUCCUUUUAAGGUGUGAUUUUGAGCCAUCAAAAUUAAAGUGUAAAUUAUCAUCUUUUCAUAGUCAGGUAUUAUUAUAUUGGAAAUUAAUAUACAAACACAACUUUUCGCCACAUAGUUGUUCUUUGUGGAAUAAUAAGUGUAUCCUUAUUAAGAGGAAAUCUGUGUUUUUUCAAGACUGGAUGGACAAAGGUGUCUGGUCCAUUGUACACAUUAUGGAUGGGGAUGGAAAUUUUCUUGGUUAUGAUGUUUUUUGUGAAAAAUACAAUAUUAUUUGUACUAAGGAAUUAUAUGUUUCUUUGUUGAAAGCUGUUCCUGCUGGUUUGGUUCAGCUGAUUAAAGGUGCUUUGUGUUAUUCACCUGUGAUACCAAGAUUAGGUAAUCUAAUCAUCUCUGGUAUUAAUUUUACAGAGCAGAGCUGUAAUAAUAAGGUUUUAAGAACAUUAGUAAAUACACAGACUUUCCCUUCUAAAGUAAAGAAGAGACUCCUUGUCUAUGAUUUUCCUGAAGAUAAAGUGGUUCAAAUUAGAACAAGAUUUCUCUCUUUUCCACUUCUACCAAAGGUAAAAGAAAACCAGGAGAACCGCAAGCAUCUCCAAACGAUUUAUGUGCCAGCCACGAUGUACCUCUGUCCAGACUCCACCGACUGGACGUCCUUGAUGGACCGCUCCCCAGUCCAUAAGGGACGCGUCCGUAGUGACCGUAUUGCGGCGACACAACGUCCCCAUCUGGUCUCCCUCCUGAAGGAACUGGGGUCUCAUCCACGGGCUUAG